AUGUCCAAAUCCAAGCUCGCCAACAUCGCGACAAUCGCCAUCCCCAGCGCCGUCGUCGCCGCGGGGCUGACCAAACUCGUCGACCAGCAGACCGAAAAGCCACAGCACGCCCUCCAGGACGGCAUCACCUCCCUUCAACCAGAUCAAACGCCAGGCCUGGUAAUCCUCCCCAAAGCCCUCCCCACCAGCACGAUACCGCUGAGUCCCAAACUCCUCUCACCCCCCAACCCCCCCGUCAACCCGACCGGAAUCCUGAAAUACGGCCACCCCGGCCCAGUGAACGACGAGCUCAGCACCGUCUGCCUGUAUGGGGCGUACGACCGGCGCACGCGCAAUCCCAUCUGGGUCGCGGAGCACAUGACGCCGGCCUCGCUCGCCAACGCGCCGGGCAAGCGCCGCGACAAUUUCCGCGAGGACCCCAGUAUCCCCGCCGCGUUCCGGGCCAAGAUCAAGGACUACAGCGGUAGCGGGUACGACCGCGGCCACCAGGCGCCCGCCGACCCGGCGCGCUGGUCGCAGCAGGCCGUUGACGAGACCUUCCGCAUGUCCAACAUGUGUCCGCAGGUCGGGGUGGGGUUCAACCGCCACUACUGGAAGGACUUCGAGGCCUUCUGCAAGAACCUGACCACCCGCUACCCGUCCGUCCGGGUGAUUACGGGCCCCCUGUAUCUGCCGCGGAGGGAUGAGGAUGGGAAAUGGCGGGUUAGUUAUGAGGUUAUUGGGUCGCCGACGCCGAAGGUGGCGGUGCCCACGCACUUCUUUAAGUUGAUUCUUGGGGAGGAGGAGGAAGAGCACCAUGGUGGUGGUGGUGGUGGGGACGGUCUGCUUGGGGGCAAGGUGGCGGUGGGCGCGUUCGUGCUGCCCAAUGGGGCGAUUAGCGGUGAUAAACCCUUGGCGGAUUUUGAGGUCGAGCUGGAUGUGCUGGAGCAGGCGACUGGCUUGGAGUUUAUCGAGAAGUUGAAGUCGACUGCCCGGCGAAAGCUGUGUGAAGAGGUCAAGUGUGACCUGGGGGUCAAGGAUUUUGGUAAUGCGGUGGAGGAGAUUACAGAUAUGCUGGGUAAAGCGAAGCUGUAA